GGCUGACGAAGGAGUUCUCCAUCUAUAUGACAAAGGACGGCCGAAUCUCCGUGGCAGGAGUUGCAUCAAGCAAUGUAGGCUACCUGGCUCAUGCCAUCCAUCAAGUCACAAAGUAAAGACAGAGGCGUGCUCGGGGGCUGCUGGCCUUCCCCACCAGUCAAAGAAGGGGAGGGAAAGGGAGGAAGGAGAACACUUCCAACCACAGCACUUAACGCCGCUGCUGAAUGUAUCUUGUAGAUGAGUUGUUGUAGAAGCCUCUAGUCCAAAUUGCACCGCGUUGUGGAGCAAGGACAUAAUUGCUGGCUCCCCGUCGUCAUAGCUCUUCUCUCCUGCUGCUUGUCCUUUGUCCAUCAGCCCCAGCGCCCAUCUGCACUGGAGGGAGUAAGAGGUUACUGCUCUGCAUCCUACCAGCAUACACACCAAAGGCAUCCCUGUGCUUGUUUUUCCACAAGAAGGCUUUCCCUAACAGCAUCAGACAGGGAGGAGGGUGGGCUGGGGGGGAUGUCUGGGUUCAUCUGGUGACCCACACUCAGCCUAUCCCUGCUGCCUACAGGCUCUGUCCUCUUCCACCCUCUGCUGCUGGACUCGGGCUUAGCCUGGAGGUGGGCAGUGCUGAAGCUGCCAUCUGACAAGGAGUGUAAAGGCUCUGAGGACUUAUCACUACUAAAACGUGCUCCACUGUGGGCUUUGUUUCCAUCUGGGACUCUUUCAGGUGUCAUUCGCAGUGGCAUUGGUGUGUGUGUGUGGCAGACUCCUGUCACUGCUCUCAGCCUCUGCUCCCAUGUUCUGAGGUCAAGCAAUUUCUUGCCCCUUAAUAAGAACUUCCUCUGACAACUGCUCUCUGUGGCUCUGUGCGUCUCCCCAGCCCAUAUAGCCCCAUCCCACCAGCCCCAUAAGCCCGGAGGAGCUGGGCUGUGUCCAGCCUGACCUGGGGCUGCAGUGGCAUCCCUUCAUCCCGAGGGCUGGUGAUGGUAAAUGCAGGCGGGAAGGAUCCCGAGGGCGGUCCGAGGGCUGGCCGUGCAAAAAACCACCCUCUCCUUUGAAAGAUGAGAGUACGGGAUGCUCUGCGCGUCAGAGAACGGCUGAGGUUGGAAGGGAUCUCGAAGCCCACCCAGCCGUAAGCCCUCCCGUGGGCUGCCUGCCUCCGAACCGGAGCCGCGGGGGGGGCGUGGCGCGGGGCGGGCGGCGCCGGCGCGGUUGCGCCCUUUCUAGGAGUAGCAAAGCAGUGUCAGCCUGGCUGCUCGCUGUCGCCAAACCCAAUGGAGCCGGUGCUGCCCCGCGGCAUCCAGCUGAGGCCGGUGCAGGAGCGCUAGUGGGACACAGCUGGGAGGAGCAGGCCCUGCCGGCAGGAGGAUGGCUCAGGCCGCCGGGAGCAUCAACACUGACUACAGGGACUGGGAGUGGAGCGCCGAUGCCGGCGAACGGGCCAGGCUCCUGCAGAGCCCCAGCGUGGAAGCGGUGCCGAAGAGCGGGGAGAGCCAAGGGAACGGCGCCGGGGCCACGUCGGCGCUGGGUGCGGUGUUCAUCGUGGUGAAUGCUGCGCUUGGAGCUGGGCUGCUCAACUUCCCCGCUGCCUUCAACAUGGCUGGCGGAGUGGCCGCGGGCAUUGCGCUGCAGAUGUGCAUGCUGAUCUUCAUCAUCGGAGGACUGGUCAUCCUGGCGUACUGCUCGCAGGCCAGCAAUGAACGGACGUACCAAGAGGUGGUGUGGGCGGUGUGUGGGAAGGUGCCAGGUGUGCUGUGUGAGGUGGCCAUCGCCGUUUACACCUUUGGCACCUGCAUUGCUUUCCUCAUCAUCAUCGGAGACCAACAGGACAAGAUCAUUGCUGCUCUGGUGACAGAGCCUGAGGAAGCAGGGAGCAGCCACUGGUACACAGACCGCAAGUUCACCAUCAGCAUCACCGCCUUCCUCCUCAUCCUACCCCUCUCCAUCCCCAAGGAGAUCGGCUUCCAGAAAUACGCCAGCUCUCUGAGUGUGAUUGGCACGUGGUACGUCACUGCAGUCAUCAUCAUCAAGUACAUCUGGCCUGACAAGGAGCUCGUGCCUGUGGAGAUUCCUACCAGCCCCUCCACCUGGAUGGCCGUGUUCAACGCCAUGCCCACCAUCUGCUUUGGAUUCCAGUGCCAUGUGAGCAGUGUGCCCGUCUUUAACAGCAUGAAGCAGCCAGAGGUGAAGACGUGGGGAGCAGUGGUGACAGCAGCCAUGGUGAUCGCUCUCUUUGUCUAUACUGGCACUGGUGUCUGUGGCUUCCUGACCUUUGGGGCCAGCGUGGACCAGGAUGUGUUGCUUUCCUACCCCUCCAAUGACAUCCCAGUCGCCCUCGCUCGGGCUUUCAUCAUCCUGUGUGUGCUGACGUCCUACCCCAUCCUGCACUUCUGCGGCCGGGCUGUCCUGGAAGGCCUCUGGCUCCGCUACACCGGAGUGACGGUGGAGGAGGACGUGGUUCGGGAGCGGAGGAGACGCCUGCUUCAGACCAUUAGCUGGUUCCUCCUGACUCUCCUCCUGGCUCUCUUCAUCCCUGACAUUGGCAAAGUCAUAUCUGUCAUUGGAGGCUUGGCCGCCUGCUUCAUCUUUGUCUUCCCAGGGCUCUGCCUGAUUCAAGCCAAACUCUCCGAGAUCCAAGAAACCAGAGCAGUCAGCUGGUGGGCCCAGGUCGGCUACGGGGUAUUCAUGGUCACCCUUGGAGCCUUCAUCUUCGGACAGACCACUGCCAACGCCAUCUUCGUGGAUCUUGCAGCCUGACCCCUCCUCCAGGCAGGACCCUGCUGCUGCUGAGGGGAAGUAGAUUUCCCAUCAGACUGAGGGGGAGUGGGGAGAAAACAUUUUAGCAUAUUGGGAAUGUCCAAGAGGAGUGUUGAAAUGCAGGGCUUCGCUGGAAGAGCCCUGCAGGAACUUGUGUCUUGUUGUCUUAACGCACCAGGCAGUCAGGCUUGCCUUCUCAGUCCUGACUCCCUGGUGACGGAGGAGAACCCCACUCACUCCGUGCUGACAUCCAGGUCAAAUCCUUUUCUGCCCCUCUGGGGUAGGCUUCACUAAGGGAUCCCGUUUGGGUUUGCACAGGAAAGCGCGCUGCUUCCCUCGGUGUCGGGGGAACUUCUUUCCAGCACUUUCACAGCUUAAGGUCACAGCAUUGGAGGGAGGCAGUGUGUCUUGUUUAAAGGGAACUAGGGACCGUGCUUUAAUUUAUAGCUCGUGAGAGUGUGCUGCGAUCAAAGCAUAAAACAAAUGGUGUAUCUGCAGAAAGGGAGAAAGCAAAGGGAGCUCUGCCUCACUGAGCAGCGCUGGGGCGAUGGGCCCCGGCUGAUUUCCAUCACCUCAAAGUGAGUGAGUAUUACUGUGCGUGAGCGCAGCAAUUCCUCCACCACCUUAAACCCAUUAUCUUAGAGUGACAUCCCUGUGCUCCUCUUCUGUGUCUGUGUUUGGUUUUAAGUUUGCUUUCCUGUGGCUCGUCCUGCCAGCCUGCUGUCCUAUCCCAGUGCUAGCAGGCGUUUCCCCUCCCAUUUUCCUCUGACCAGGCUGCACUUUGCUGUUAGGAAGUGGGAACGUUGCGCUGAGCCUGAUUUUAACAUUGAGCCUGAUUUUAAGGAGGGGGAUUGGGAAGACUGCAGGAGCAAAGUUUACAUUGCCAGCCCCAGCCUCGGGGCUGGCGGACUCGCUGGAGAAGGUGCUGCGAACUGCAUCUGCCUACUGGAAACACUACACUAGAACCAAGCUUUUAAUUUCAAAUCCUCUUCUUCUGGAGUGCAUGGCCAAGGAGUGGGCCAGGUGUAGGUUUUUAAGGGACGCUCUGGGGAUAAAGCAGUCAGUAUUAAUCCAUUUUAUGUUGUUCCCAUGCUUAUUUGUGCUGUGGCUGGUGCUGCUCUUGGGUGUUCCUCCUUAGCCUUUCCCAAUAGUUUCAUUUCUGCUUCUUGAUCGUUUCUUUGGGUAUAGAAGUUCUCACAGCUGCAGAUGAGGCUUGGGGCAAGUUAAAUCCCAGCGGCCAACUGCUCCUGUUGAGACUUCAAGGUCCCUUGGUCUUUGGCUUCUAAAUCCCUGGGUCGGGAGAGAUUGGUGUUCACAUGUCCUCGUGUAUGGUCUCGAAGCAGUGCUUGGCAGACAUGGGACAUGGCCCAGCCUGUGACGGUGGGAAGAUGAAUGGUGACACGUUGAUGCAGUCCUUGCCAUGUUCCUUUCCCUAUGUAACCAACCAACAGUGGGUGGGAGGAUGGCCUGCGGGUACAGUUUGCUGGUGGCGUUCAUCCUCUCCCCUACAGUGCUUGUGGUGUAUGGGUGUGCUCUGACAAAAGGUGGCUUCAGCCUGGCUCUCGCAUUCCGCAGCUCCCAGGCAGUGCUGGCACAGCUCUGGGAAGGGCUUUUCAUCUAAAUGCACAUUUCUUCCCAGAAUCUGCUCUGUAAUCUCUGAGGUGAGAUGAGGAAAUCCAGACAGAGAAUGAGAAGGAAAUCCCAAAUAAAUUGUUUUUGGGGACUGUGUGAAGUAUUGUGUCCCUCCAGCCUCCUCCAGGAUAGCUCCAGCCUCUGCGCCUUCUGCUUUUCACAUGAAAAGGCUCCAGCAAACCUCCUGUCUGCAUCGCCACUGUUUGUAUCACCUGGGAACAGAGGAGUGCUGUCAGUGUGCUGGGCUCUCUAGAAAAUCAGGCCGUGUUUCAGGGAGUACGAAGAGUGCAGUGUAUGUGAGCAUACACACUGUGCUUUCCCAGAACAAGAACAAGAGAUGGAAGGAGCCAGAGCCUGGGGUUAAUGGGUGUUGUGUCUAAACACAGUCCGUCUGUGCUGCACGUGGGAGCAUGGACAUCACAUGCACAGGCUGUCUCCAAGCCCCCUUCUGGCUUGGGCUUCCUUGCCCAUACUUCCCCUUUUUCCCCUCUUUCUCUCUUUCUUUCUUUCUUUCUCUCUCUCUCUUUCUUUCUUUUUUUCUUUCUUUCUUUCUCUCUCUCUCUCUCUCUCUCUCUUCCUUUCUUUCUUUCCUUCUUCCUCCCUUCCCUCCCCCCCCCCAUUUUUCUUUCUCUUUUCCCCCCUUUCUUCCUUUCGUCUGCUUGCUUGCUUGCUUGGUUUUUCUUUCUUUCCCUUUUUCCCCUUUCAUUUUCUCUAUUCUCUUUUCCUUUCUCUUUUCUCUUUCCCUUUUUCUCCUUUCUUUCCUUCCCCCCUUCUUCUGUUUCCCUUUCCUUCCCCUUAUUUCUUUCCCUCUUUUCCCCUUUCCUUUCUUGCUUGUUUGCUUGCUUUUUCCAUCUUUCCUUCCCCUUUCCUUCCCCUUUCCUUCCCCUUUCCUUCCCCUUUCCUUCCCCUUUCCCUUCCUCCCCCCCCCCCCCCCCCCCCCCCAAAAUGCAAGGAUAAAAGGAUAAGCACCUCAGCUAUCUCCACAGCAUGGUUCUGAGCAGGAAGGAGAGCCCAGGCACGCAGGGCUGGGGUACUUGUUGGAUGCCUGCGUACAAACCAGGCUCAGCCAAGACUGCACUGGUGUAUGCUGGAGCCAGGCUGCAGGAUAGGAUGCGUGUUGUGUCUUCACAGGAGUGCAGGCAACCAGAGAUGCUGCUCAGUUUUCUGUCCCCCUGGCCUGCCCGGAUCAAAGCCCUGCCCUAUGGGGCUGCUGGGCUUCCUCAUGGUGCCAUGUGUGGAGGUGGGGUCGCACGGUGCCCUGGCAGUGGGGUUAUGUGGCGAUGGGGCUGUUUCUCUGUUUGCCUUACCACUCCUGUGGCUGUUUACAGACUUUUUAUGUAAUUUUUUAAGUGCUAAAAAAACGAAAACCAACCCCUGGAUGACCUUGACUCAAUAAAAGUGAAGUUGUGGUGCGUA